UUAUUGCAAACUGACAAUAGUUAAUUACAAAAGAGUAAUAGUAAAAUUUGAUCAGCAAUGGGGGAUGACAGUGAAUGGAUGAAGUUGCCGACUGAUGAAAAAGUCCAGCACAAGGUAUGGAAGGCACGUGCAGCAGGUUAUGAUGAAGCAGUCAAGUUGUUUCGAACUCUUGAUGAGAAGAGUCCGGAGUUCUCGAAAUUUGCACCAUUGAUGAAGAAAUUUGUCACAGACAGUAAUGCAGUAGCGCAGGAGAAAGCCUUGGAUGCUGUGAUAGCCUACGUGGAGAAUGCAGCAGUGGCUCCAAAAACAGCUCAUGAAGUUGUGAGUGGGGUGGUAGCAAAAUGUCUGAGUGCAUCAAAAACGAAGACUAGAGACAAUGGGAAAGAGAUUAUUAUGUUGUAUGUGGAGGCUGAGAAGCAAGAGGUUGUGAUGGAGGACGUGAUGGAAGGAUGGUCCAACAAAAAUCCCAAAGUUGUCGCAGCCUGUAUCCAGACCAUGAGGGAAGCUCUGAGGGACUUUGGAAACAAGAUCAUUCAAAUUAAGCCAAUGGUGAAGUUUCUACCCAAGCUUCUGGAAGACAGAGAUAAGAAUGUGCGUGAAGAAACUAAGCAUUUAGUGGUAGAGAUGUACAGAUGGGUCGGCGCUGCAAUAAAACCUAAACUAGUGGAUUUUAAACCAGUACAGGUAGCAGAACUUGAAGCUGAGUUUGAGAAACUAGGCAAUGCAAAGCCACAGCAAGCAAGAUUUCUGAGGUCUCAGCAAGACCUGAAAGCUAAAAUGGAGGAAAAAGCAGCAAAGGCCGAAGCAGGGGAAGAAGAAGAGGAAGAAGGUGAUGUUGCGGAGGACGUUGACCCUUAUGAUCUUCUUGAACCUGUCAAUAUUCUUGCUGCAUUGCCAAAAGACUUCUUUGACAAAGUGGAAGCCAAGAAAUGGCAGGAAAGAAAGGAGGCACUGGAAGCAGUGCAGAAAUUGUGUGAAAGCCCAAAGAUUGAGCCCGGGGAUUAUGGUCCACUUGUAAAGUCACUAAUGAAGGUUGUUGCAAAGGACACAAAUGUGAUGUUGGUUGCUCUCGGUGCUAAGGUCCUGGCAGGUCUUGCUAGAGGUUUAAGGAAGAAAUUCCAGCCAUAUGCACCUAAUUGUAUACAGACAUACCUGGACAAGUUCAAGGAGAAGAAGCCAAUGGUUGUGACGGCACUAAGAGAUGCUAUAGAUGCUGCUUGGCAAUCAAUAAGCCUGGAGCCUAUAACUGAAGACGUUUUGGCUGCUUUGGAGAACAAGAACCCGAAUAUCAAGGCGGAGACAGCAUCUUUCCUUGCCAGAUGUUUUGCUCGACUGACAAUUUCAACACUACCUAAGAAACAGCUGAAGACCUUUUGUGCAAGUUUAUUGAAGACUGUAAAUGACACUGCACUCGAGGUGAGAGAAGCAUCAUUCAUGGCCCUCGGUACAGCAAUGAAGGUGGUUACAGAGAAAAACAUCAUGGCGUAUAUGGCUGAUGUUGACAAUCUUAAGAUGCAAAAGAUCAAGGAGUCUUGUGAGAAAGCAGUGUUAUUGAAUGCUAAAGGUGAGCCACGCUCAGGAGGUACUGCUAAAGCUGCUGCACCAAAGGCGGGGUCGGCGGAACCAAAACCUGUGACCAGACCUGGAGCCCCUCCACCAAGCGGGGCUUCCAGACCCAAAACAGCUCCAGCAAAAACAGGAGGGCCUCCAAAGUCAAAGUCUGGGGGACCACCAAGAAAAAAAGAAGGUGCUAAGAAAGCUUCAACUCCAGCGGAAGAAAAGACAGAAAAAGUUUUAUCUGAUGACGCAGUGAUUGAAAAAGCUACAGACUUUCUUGGUGCAGAAAUGUUGACGCAGUUGGAAAAUUCCAAUUGGAAGGAGAGGUUGGCAGGAAUGGAGAAUUUGACAACAAUGUUACGUAGAAUGAGCAAAGACAUGAUCCCGUGUCAAGUUUGUGUGAGAACCAUUGCAAAGAAACCUGGCUUUAAAGAUAAUAAUUUUCAGGUUCUGAAGUUACGAGUUGAACUGGUGUCACAUCUUGCACUGAAUGCAGAGUUUACGAAAGUUUCAGCAGAAUUCUGUCUGCCUGACCUUGUAGAGAAGGUCGGAGAUGUGAAAAAUGGGGCAGCUGUACAGGAAGCUUUCAGUUGUAUAGCAGAGGCAACCUCGCUAGACUUCGUGGCAGGAGAGGUAAUGAGGAUGGCUUUUGCCCAAAAAAAUCCCAAGAAUCAGUCAGAGGCACUCAACUGGCUUACAAAAGCUGUAACACAAUUUGGACUGAAUACUUCACCAAAAAUACAGCGGGUUCAAGUAAAGCCACAUAUAGAAAACAUCAAAAAAGCUUUUGCACACACAAAUCCAGCAGUGAGGACGGCUGCUAUAAGUCUGUGUGCCAUAUUGUAUCAGUAUAUGGGUCAGCAGUUACGUAUGUUCUUUGAAGAUGAAAAGGCAGCUUUGCUACAACAAAUAGAUGCAGAGUUUGAAAAGGUGAAAGGUCAGAAACCCCCAGCUCCUGUAAGGGGCCUCAAGCCAACAGAUACUGGUGAUGAUGAUGAUGAUGAUGACGAUGAGAAGGGUGGUGAUGAUGGUGAUGAUAAUGCCGCUGAUCUUGUUCCAAGAAAUGAUAUAGGGGACAGAUUUUCACAAGAGCUGAUUGAAUCCCUAGCAGAUAAGAAUUGGAAGGUGCGAGGAGAGGGCCUGCAGAAAAUCAUCUCCAUCCUGAACGAGGCAAAGUUUAUAACUGGAAGUCUAGGCCCACUGCCUGAAGCAGUCAAAGCCAGACUGGGUGACAACAACAAAAUUUUGGUGACAACCACCAUUGGGAUUUGUGUGACCUUAGCAACCAAUAUGGGACGUCACUGUAAGCAGCAUAUAAAAGUAAUUGGUCCUGCACUCAUUGGUUGCUUAGGAGAUAGCAAGCCUGCCCUGAGAGCAGCUGCUGUGGGAGCUUUGAAUGCGUGGGUGGAUCAGACAACACUGACACCUCUGGUCGAGUGUGAGGCAUUCAGUGAUGCUCUUAAGCUGGAAAACCCUAACCUUAGACAGGAGCUGUUUGGCUGGUUGACAGAGAGGCUACCAAAUCACAAACAGUUACCAAAAGAUGAGAUGAAGUUGUGUAUACCCCAUCUGCUGUCAUGUUUGGAAGACAGAAACCCUGAAGUAAGAAAGAAGGCUGGGGAAUCGCUUGUACCGUUCAUGAUUCAUGUUGGAUAUGAUUCCGUCUUCAAGGCCACUAGCAAGCUUAAGCCAGCAUCAAAAGACCAGAUAAUGCAAAUUAUUGAGAAGGCUCGAGAAAAUCUACCUGCGAAACAACCUAAAAAGAAACCUGCCACAGCUCCAGCUGCAUCAAAGGCCGCAGCCCCUGCCGUCUCAAAUGACUACGAUGAAGAGGAUGCCCCUCCUCCACGGAAGAAGGAGAAAUCGCCCACAGCAGAACCGCCAGAAACAAAGGGUCCAGCUAAAGGGCCAGGAAAGACAAAAGCAAAAGCUGCAUCAGCACCUAGUAAAAGAAAGAAGGUCGAAGAAGACACAGGUCCACCUAUAAGUAUAAAUGAACCAAAAGAAAAACGAUUUAAAGAGGAGAGAAAUAUGAAGACAUUGAAGUGGAAUUUCAUGGAACCAAAGGCAGAGUACGUGGAGCAGCUUAGAAACCAGAUGGAGAAAAACUUCAGUAAAACCAUGAUGGAUUUACUCUUCCAUACUGACUUUAAAAAUCAUACAAAAGCUAUCGAAAUACUUCUAAAGUGUAUGGAGAGUGCACAGAACGAGCAGCUGGGCAACCUGGAUCUCAUUCUGAAGUGGUUUACGCUACGAUUCUUCGACACCAAUCCCAGCAUGCUCAACAAGGCACUUGAAUAUAUCUCCAAACUAUUCAAGCUUCUCAUUGACAUUGAUUACAAUCUACACGAGUUCGAGGCAAACUCGUUUGUGCCAUAUUUAGUCAUAAAGGUAGGGGAGAACAAGGACAAUGUGAGAAGAGAGGUACGUUCAAUCUUCAAACUGCUGUAUAAAGUCUACCCAGCCAGCAAGAUGUUUGUGUUCAUUUGUGAUGGUGUCAAAUCCAAGAACUCUAAACAGAGGACAGAAUGUUUGGAAGAACUUGGAUACAUGAUAGAAACUUACGGAAUCUCGAUUUGUCAGCCUAGUCCUCAGCAAGCCCUGAAAGUUAUUGCCGCACAGAUCAGUGAAAGGGAUAAUGGUGUCAGGAAUGCUGCCCUGAAUUCUACAGUGAUAGCAUAUAUGAUACUGGGAGAUAAUCUAUAUAAAUAUAUUGGAACGUUGAAAGAGAAGGAUCAGAGUUAUUUGGAUGAAAGAAUAAAGCGGACAUCUAAGAAUAAACCUGCUGGUGGUCAGCCUGCAGCAAAACAAGAGAGACCAAAAUCUGCUCCACAACAAACACAGAGAUCUAAUACUCAACCUCAGAUCCAACGGUCUAACAUAGGUAUUCCCAAGUCUCAGUCUACAAACAUGGUACGGAAGGAGUUUCAGUUGGAUAUUGAGGAUGACUCCAACAAGGAGAACUACCAGAUGCCACAAUUAAUACAACACAGUGACCUCGAUGAUCUCUUACAACCUGUAGAGCUGCCAAAAAUAAAAGCAAGACCACCCUCGCCAGGUCCUAAAUUUUUUAACAAUGCCGACACCUCAAAUACUGUGAGCUUUGUGAUCUCCCAGAUAACCAACAGGGAUAUCCUAACUUGUGUACAAGCAUUAGCACAGAUAGAUGAAGUGUUGAAAGACAUAGAUAAGGUUGCAGUCAUGGAGGAUCACGUGGAACAGUUACUUGUUGCAAUGUCGAUGCAGUUCAAAAUGGCCUACUCUACGCACAUGGGAGACGAUGAAACCACAAAAGAAGAUGUUGUACGAUUAUAUAGAUGUUUACUUGGAACACUUCUCUCAUUAUUCCAAAACUCAAUUCUUGCCACACAUGCCUCUAAGGAUAUUUUGAAGGAGUUGAUAUAUAUUCUGGUCACAAUAUUACUGGACAAUCGUCUCAUGGAGCUUGAGGACGGACCACAGGUGGUACGAUCUGUCAACGUGCUGGUCGUCAAAAUAGUAGAAAAGUCUGAUCAGACUAACGUUUUAUGUGCCCUGAUUCGACUUCUUCAAGAUUGUGUAGAUAGCCAAACAUGUAGCAAUAAAUUUCUAGAACUCAUCAUGAAGUGCCUUUGGAAGAUGGUGCGUAUGCUACCCGAUACAAUCAAAGAGCUAAAUCUAGAUCGUGUGUUAUAUGAUAUUCACACGUUUCUGCGUACAUUUCCCUCACGUACGUGGAAGGAAAGGGCUAAUGACUUGCCACUACGUACCACGAAAACUAUCCUACAUUCCAUGGCUAAAUUGAAAGGUUCAAAGAUUUUGAGUCACCUGGGUCAGAUAGAUGCUGGCGAGGUGUCGGAAGUGAAGACUUACCUUCAGAAGGUCCUCAAGAAUGAAGGCAAUUUACAUGUGGAGGGAGAGAUAAAUGGAACUACGGAGGAUAACAAAACUUCAAGGAGUGCUUCCAAAACAAAAAGACUGUCUAAAACUACACACGAUAUGUUGACCGAAAUAUUUAAGAAAGUGGGUUCGAAGGAGAACACGAAGGAAGGUCUGAAGGACUUGUAUGAGUUCAAAAGGAAAUUUCCAGAUGCUGACAUUGAUCCAUUCUUGAAGAAAUCCUCGCACUUUUUCCAAAACUACAUCGAGAGAGGGUUGAAAGCAAUAGAAAAUGAAGAGAGAGAAAAAAUAGAUGGAAAAAUAGGUGAGAUACAUAAAUCUGUUUUGAUACAACUGUUACAGAUGAAGAGUUCAAAAAAAUGGAGAGGAGUGUUUGGUGGAGAUUAUUAUUUAGAAAGGACCUCCAAAAUCAGCAAAGAUAAACUGGGUCAUGACCCCACUGUAAAGCCUAAUGUUCAGACGGAAUCAACCAAUGCAGAUUACUAUAUGGAAAGAUUACGUCAGCUGCGAGCGCAGUGUGGACUGGAACCUGACACAGCAAAGGGUGACCAGCUUGAUUCUACACCAGAGAAAACAGAACAAGACAUAUCACCUGAACAGUCUCCACCAAAGGAUAUCAUAGAUGAAACAGAAGCAAACGAUGAUACUGACAGCAAUAAACAGUCGCAACCUACACAGUCCAAAUUGGCAGACGUUUCACAAUUAAAGGCACGAUUAGAAAAGAUCAAGCAAAUGGCGAACAGUUGA